AUGGGUACCCCGGCGUUUUGUCUUGGUUUUGAUCCAGUUGUGAACUCAUACAAAUUGCUCUUGGUAGAUCAAUGUCGACGUCGUGACAAGUGUCAGAUUCUGACCAUUGGAAAGGAUUCCACCUGGAGAGAUAUUGAUCGAACUCCUGUGGAUAUAGAGUUUUAUGGACGAGGUAAUUACUCAGAAGGAGCUCUUUACUGGAACAACCACAACGUAAUCGUAGCUUUUGAUCUUGUUCAGGAGAAGUUCCAAUCACUUGCCGUGAAACCGAAUGUAAUGCACUCUUUGGAGAGUUUUGGGCCUAUGGCCGUACUAUCUGGGGGCGAGUUUAUUAUAAGAUAUAACUACAAGACGAGAAGUUCUCCAGCUUCCGGAGAGAUGGGGGCGGCGAAGAAAGAGACUUGGAGUGACCUGCAGGUUAUAAGAUGCGGAAACUAUAGACAUUUCCCUACGGGACUAUUUCCCGAUGGAAAGAUACUGCUACAUGAUCAUUUAGCAGGUCGCUAUUACUUGUUCGAUCCAAUCGACAAGGAAACCAAGAUGAUUGUAAUGGAAAAUCCUGCCCUAAGCCUCCAACAUAUUUAA